AUGGCGAGCGCAAAUCCGCAGAACGUCAUCCGCAGGAAACUGGUCAUCAUCGGAGACGGUGCCUGCGGCAAGACGAGUCUGCUGAGCGUCUUCACUCUCGGCUACUUCCCUACAGCAACAUUACUCUUCGAAAAUUACGUGACCGACUGCAGAGUGGACGGCAAGUCUGUGCAGCUGGCCCUCUGGGAUACAGCCGGCCAGGAAGACUAUGAGCGAUUACGGCCCCUCGCCUACUCCAAGGCGCACGUAAUCUUAAUAGGCUUCUCAAUUGACACGCCCGACUCUCUGGACAAUGUCAAGCACAAGUGGAUCGAAGAGGCAACACGCCUGUGCGCUGGCGUACCCAUCAUCCUCGUGGGGCUGAAAAAGGACCUCCGCGAGGACCCCGUCGCCAUCGAAGAGAUGCGGAAGAAGUCUCUGCGAUUCGUCACGCAACACGACGGCGAGGUUGCCGCCCGCGAGGUCGGCGCCAGGAGAUACCUCGAGUGCUCAAGCCUCAGUGGCGAGGGCGUUGACGACGUCUUCGAGGCCGCCACACGCGCCGCCCUGUUGACAUUUGAAAAAGGGGAGGGGUCUGGCUGCUGCGUCGUCCUAUAG